AUGCAGAACGAGGACGGAGAGUUCGUGGAUCUGUACACCCCGAGGAAGUGCUCGGCUACCAACCGUCUGAUCACGUCCAAGGACCACGCCGCCAUUCAGAUCAACGUCGGCAACCUCGAUGCGAAUGGCGUGUACACCGGCCAGUACAACACCUUCGCGCUCUGCGGUUUCGUGCGCGCCCAGGGCGAGGGAGACUCCUCCCUCGAUCGGUUGUGGCAAGCUAAGAAGAAGGAGAUCAACCAGUAA